AUGUACAUCAUUAAUCGAGUUAUCGAAGCCAUCAACAUGCCACUGUCGCCGAAGUAUCUGCGCGUCACGGCCAUCCUCAUCGCAAUCUAUAAAGUGCUUACGGCACACGUUUUCCUGUUUGUGAUGCUGCUCGGGCUGGCCCAUGCCGAGGAGAUGAGCACCAUCCUGCAGAUGAGCAUCGCGGAACAGAAGUGUGAGUACUUCUGGACGACGAACGACCAAGGCGAGUCGAACAACGAAUGGCGCUUCCGAUCUGCGGAAAAGCUCGCUUCCGCGACACUUUGCAUACUGUACAUCGGGACGACGGUGGCCACCAUCUACGUGCUGAGCUGUCUGGGGCUGCUGAUCGGUACGCUGCGCAACCGGCACGAGUUCUUCAUCCCCUGGAUGGUGGUCGAUUUCUUCGGCACGCUCGCCAUCGGUUCGAUCGUGUUGGCUUGUGGCUGCAACGAUUCCACCUUCCAGUACGUGGCCAAAUGGGAAUACUGGGGUUUCUGCGUGAUUAUGCUCGUGUUCAACGCGACCGUUUGGGGUGUGAUUCGCUUGUUCUACAAAAACCUCGUCCACAUGACGAAACUGCGCGAGGUGGCGAUUGUGGCGAUUCCGUGCCCGGCUGCACCGACGGCCGGCCCCGGUACGGCCACCGGGCCGCCGUGCAAGGACAAAACCGGAUUGCCCGUGGCCCCACCGUACCACUAUCGGAAGGAAAACAUGCACCUGAGCGACGGUGGACUGAAGCACAUUCUCUUCGAUGCCAAUGAGGCCAACUAUCUGGUUUAA